AUGAGCAUCAGUAUUCUUAAUGACGCACAAUUACCCAUUGAAUUCUAUGAUGUUUUUAUGAAGAGAGAAAGCGGAACAUCAACAAUUGAAUCGUUUGUGAAUCCGGAAAAGAUGACGAGGAUAUCAAUGCACACACAGCAAACAAUCUCUCGAUCAUCUUCAUUUUUGAAUAAAUUUGAACUGGAAGAGCACUUCCGAAGA